AUGAUGGGGGCGCUCGGCUCCAUGCUCCCGCUGCUGCUGCUGCCGGUCUUCGCCGCCGCCCCGCACAGCCAGCUCCCGCGCGCCGGAGCCGCCGCCGAGGCCAGAUUCGGCUGCCUGUUUGAGGAUGACCUUUGCGAACCUUUUGAGAUCUGCAUAAAUGAUGGAGCAUUUGGGAGAUGUCAGCGGGUUCCGGUGAUAGAUGUAUAUAAAUAUGAAAUUUCACCCCCCAUUCUUCAGCACCUAAGGAUCAUCUUAGAGAAGCUUUCGCAUAGAGGUUUUACCUGGCAAGAUGAUUACAUGCAGCACGUUAUUGCCCUGGAACUCUCAAACAUUCAUAAAAUCCACCACUGGCGCCCUGAUUCAUUUAUAUCUGAUGGAUCUGACACACUAAGGACUUCAAAGCGGAGUGCUGCUGAUAAUGAAAGGAAUUAUGAGCUGGAAAAGGAUGUGGACUUGGCCAAGUCCCUUCAGCAAUAUCUGGCAUACCUAGGUAUUCUCUCGCAGUCUGCAGCUCCAAAUUUAUAUCCAGGGAUGAAGAAUGACAAAGCUUCUGUCAAGGAUAACAUCCAACCUGACCUCAUUAUAGACUACAUGAUGCAGAAGUCCAAAGGCAAAGCACCUGCUUUGACCCAUCAUAAGUAUGCUGAGAAUCCUGCAGUGAGGACCUUCAAUCAACCUCAGCUGGAGAACUUCCCUCCAGAGUCAGAUGCAGAACUCGACAGAAAUGCUCUGAUUUCUGCACUACAUGCCUAUGUCGCUCAAAAGAUGGCAGCACGGAACAACUAUAAAAGCUCCAUUGGCAGGACUAAAUGGUCUCACCUCUAUGCUAAUAGGUUCCGUUCAUCUCAGACUGGCCAUUUUGAUGGAACCUUUGCCAAAGAAGAGACAGAAGAUUUUAAAAUGAAGCAGCCAUUCCUGCGGAGACCUGGAGCUGUAGUGCUGGGACCAAGUUCAGAGAUGCUGAGUUAUAAAUCUGCUUCUCCUCAGGGUGAUCUUAAAGAUCCUCUGAAUGCAGUGGAUGAAACAUUUAUUCAGGAUAUAUUGAAAGACCUGAAGAAACACAAGGUGAACGUGGAUAAUCUUAGCCCACUGGAGCUUGACGAGAUGGCUGAUAUUAUUGCUGACGCCAUUCAAGUUGUUGAUGUGGCAGAAGAAAAGCAAAAUGGAGCUGGAAAGAUUGAAGGAAAGAGAUCAAAAGCAGAAGUCAAGGAAGUGGAUGCACAAGGAGGAGCAGAUUAUGAGACUGGAUUAAUGGAUGCCAAUGUUAACAUACAAGAUAAUGGAGGACAUGAAGAAGAUGCCACAGCUGAUAAAAAGGAGAACAAUUUGGGUGUAAAACUAAUGGACUUCUUGAAUGAGAAUGCAUUAACAGAAAAUCUGCCAGAUAAGCAUACUUCUGAAGAGUCCUUUAAGACUGAAACCAAGAAAUCAGAAGACUCAGAUUCUUCUUCCUCAGAAGAAGAAAUGAAGGUUGGUGUUGAAAAUGUAAAGAGUGAGACUUUCUCAAGGGAACUGGCAGCUGAGAAGAAAACUGAAUCUGAACCUGACUCUAAGGAGCUGACUGAGAUCCACUACUGGAUUAAGAAUUCUUUGAUGCGGGAUGAAAGUGCCUAUGAAGAACCUCAAAAAAAGAUGGAAGAAGGCCUACAGCUAGAAGUGAAGUCUUCUGAGGAGAAGGAAUAUGGCUAUAUUGUGACAGAGAAAGACCCGCUGAAUGAGGAAAAGGGUUUGGAGUUAAUAAAGUAUGUGGCAGAUCUCCUGAAGCUGCAGAUGAGUGACUUUGACGAUGUCAACAUACGGGGAUCAGCUGUGACCUUCAAAAUGCACUCAAAUGUCCAAAAUAUUACAACUGCAGAUGUUGCCAAAGCAGCAGAUGUCAACAAAUACAAGCUUGAAAAAGCUAUUGGACUGAAGAUUCUGCAGACUGGCGUAGGGGAGAAAAGCAAACUGAAGCUUCUCCCUCACCGCGCCGCGGAAGACGAAGACUCCACCAAAUUCAUCAUCCUCACCCUUCUCUCCAUCGCCUGCAUUAUUGGGGUCCUCGUUGCUUCUGGGGUCCUCUACUGCCUCCGCCAUCAGUCUCAUCACAGGCUGAAAGAGAAGCUGUCCGCCUUGGGCACUGACACCAGCUCAGAUGCUACUGCUGCUUACCAGGAGCUGUGCCGUCAGCGCAUGGCUGUAAAAUCAUCUGAUCGACCAGAGCUCCUGCACACUUCUCGCGUAAACAGUGUCUCAUCACAGUUUAGUGAUGGGCCUAUUGCCAGCCCCUCUGCUCGGAGCAGCACAUCAUCCUGGUGUGAAGAACCAGUUCAGUCUAACAUGGACAUCUCCACCGGUCACAUGAUCCUGUCCUACAUGGAAGACCAUCUGAAGAAUAAAAAUCGUCUGGAGAAAGAGUGGGAGGCCCUUUGUGCUUAUCAAGCUGAACCCAAUGCUAUGACCAUUGCCCAGAAGGAGGAGAAUGUCCAGAAGAAUCGCUCUCAAAGUGUCGUAACGUAUGAUCAUUCCAGGAUAUGCUUGAAAGCUGAAAAUAGCCAUGACAAUUCAGACUACAUCAAUGCCAGCCCAAUUAUGGACCAUGAUCCCAGGAACCCUGCAUAUAUUGCUACUCAGGGCCCUCUUCCUGCUACUGUUGCUGACUUCUGGCAGAUGGUCUGGGAGAACGGCUGUGUGGUUAUUGUCAUGCUGACACCCCUUACUGAAAAUGGAGUCAAGCAGUGCUACCACUAUUGGCCAGAUGAAGGGUCAAACCUCUACCACAUCUACGAGGUAAAUCUGGUGUCUGAGCACAUCUGGUGUGAGGAUUUCCUAGUGAGGAGCUUCUACUUGAAAAACCUACAGACCAAUGAGACCCGAACCGUGACACAAUUCCAUUUCCUUAGCUGGCAUGAUCAGAAAGUUCCUGCUUCCACAAGGUCACUUCUGGAUUUUCGCAGAAAAGUAAACAAGUGCUACAGGGGUCGUUCUUGUCCAGUAAUUGUUCACUGCAGUGAUGGUGCAGGAAGAAGUGGAACCUACAUUCUAAUUGACAUGGUUCUCAAUAAAAUGGCCAAAGGUGCUAAAGAGAUUGAUAUUGCUGCUACCCUGGAGCACUUGAGGGACCAGAGACCAGGCAUGGUCCAGACAAAGGAGCAGUUUGAGUUUGCAUUGACAGCAGUUGCAGAGGAAGUGAAUGCAAUACUCAAGGCACUUCCACAAUGA